UCUCAUUUUAACCAAAUGCCUUUUCUUUUCGUCCUCUAAACGUGAGAAGGUCCUGUCGACGACUCCCACCCCUCAGCACGGAGGUAUUGCCGGUAUUCUCCACUCCACACCGUCGCCCCUCCUCUAUCGCCUUCCUCAACUCCGUACACCCACGCCAUUAUAUCUGGUGCAACCACCUAAUUUAAUCAUCUCUAGAGCUCACAUCAACUCUUGUUUUUUUUUUUUUUUCCAAACCCUUUCGUGUUCUUGGUCCUGUGUCUAUCCUCCACGGCCUAUAGUCUGGACUUUCUUGAUCUACCACGUUGACACGAAUGGUUAUGACGUAGGGUUUUUGUGCUGGCCUUCCUCUUCCCUCGUAUCUUGGAGCAGUUCGAGCAAGCUCUUGUAUAUCUGAGUGAGCUUAUAGAGUCGGACGUAUCAUUUAAUGGACGAAUAUGGUAACCGGGUGAGUGAAAGCCCAGGUUCAAGGCAUAAUUUCCUGUACUCAUUCGCUGCGGAUGGAGGUUCAAGCACGGGAAACCAUCACCAGUCGUACUACCUUUCAUCUUCAAUCAGGUGGAUCGGAAUGCUAUCAAUCUGUGAAAACCAAAGCCAACACCUCCAAUCACACUCAGAUUUUCCACUAUCCUUUGAUCAGACAAAGUCUUCAAACUCGCGGAGGAAGCCAAACCUCUGACGAAGUUGAAUCUCUCAAAGCUAAAAUCAUUGCUCAUCCUCAAUAUCCCAGCCUUUUGGAAGCUUACAUGAACUGCCACAAGGUAGGAGCUCCGCCGGAAGUGGUGGCGCGUCUGACUGCGGCGAGGCAAGAGUUCGAGGAACGACAGCGAUCUUCGGUCAGAUCGAGGGAAACUUGCAAGGACCCAGAACUCGACCGAUUCAUGGAAGCUUACUAUGACAUGCUUGUGAAGUAUGGGGAGGAAUUAACAAGGCCAAUUCAAGGGGCAAUGGAUUUCAUACUCAAAAUCGAAGCUGAGCUCAAGGUGCUUUGUAAUGGACCUGUACGCGUCUUCCCCGAAGAUAAGGGCGACGGCGUGGAUUCAUCUGAAGAGGAUAGAGAUAAUAGUUGUGGAGAAGAAGAAAUGCCCGGAAUCGAUCCUCGAGCUGAAGAACGUGAGCUUAAGAACCACUUGCUAAGAAAAUAUAGUGGGUACUUAAGUAGCCUCAAGCAAGAACUCUCCAAGAAAAGGAAGAAAGGAAAGCUGCCUAAAGAUGCUAGGCAACAGCUACUGACCUGGUGGGAAUUACACUAUAAAUGGCCCUAUCCUUCGGAGUCAGAGAAGGUGGCAUUGGCAGAAUCGACAGGGUUGGACCAGAAGCAAAUAAAUAACUGGUUCAUAAAUCAGAGGAAGCGGCACUGGAAGCCAUCAGAGGACACGCAAUUUAUGGUGAUGGAAGGUCUGCAUCAACGGGAGCCCAGUCUUUAUAGACGUUCACCACAUGGCUAAUGCUCACUGCCGUCUUGGACCAUGACCCCCUGCAGCACUUCCUGAUUAUAUGUGUGUGUAUGUAUAUUUGGGAAACAAGUUCUUGUUUCUUGUGCAGUGUGGGAAUAAUAGAGC